AUGGAGAACACCCCAUUAUCGCGGACCAUUGAUGUCCAAUACCUUGUAGUCGACUGCCCCAGUCCUUAUAAUAUUAUUCUCGGAAGACCUGCUUUGAACACAUUCAGAGCAGCGGUAUCUACCUUACAUCUAUGUGUUAAGUUUCAGGUACAGGGUGGCAGGAUAGCAACAAUCCACUCAGAUCGCCAACAGGCUCGGCAAUGUUAUGAUACAAGCUUAAAAGAGGCUAACACAAGAGGAAAAUCUCAAGAAGUGAAGGCUAUCCACAGCACAAAUGAAGUACUAUCCCUGGCAGAACUCGAUCCUCGAGAUGAUUCGCAGAAAAGACCUCAGCCAGCAGACGAACUCCAAAAGGUCCCUCUGACCUCAAAAGUAGAACAAUUCAUGUAUAUUGGCCGAGCUCUUGAAGGACAGGAGCAAUUAAAACUAAUAAAGGUACUACAAGACAACACCGACUUGUUUGCUUGGACCUCAGCAGACAUGCCAGGGAUAGACCCAAGCAUCAUUUGCCACAAACUCGUCAUCGAUAAAACAAUCCGACAUCUGGCUCAGAAGAAAAUAAACCUCGGGGCGAAAAAGGCGAAGGCACGCCUGGAAGAGACUAAGAAGCUCCUUAAUGCCGACUUCAUCAAAGAGAUCCGCUUCACCAUGUGGCUCUUGAAUUUAGUAAUGGUAAAAAAUAACUCAGGUAAAUGGCGCAUGUGCGUCGACUUUACAAAUCUUAACAACGCAUGUCCAAAAGAUGCUUAUCCAUUGCCUUGUAUUGACAAACUGGUAGAUAAUGCUUCCAGGUUUAAAAGCUUAAGCUUCAUGGACGCAUACUCUGGUUACAACCGGAUUCUUAUGCAUCCAGAAGACUAA